UUAAGAAAACGCCUGAGUACAAAGGCCUACAUCGCAGUUCCGUGCUUCCUGGAACUUGGGAGGGCAGAGCUGUAGCUGCUUUCUCCUUUGACUGACAGCCAUCCCCAACUGUCCAGGAAGAAUUUGCAGUCUGAAUUUUGCAUUGCCUGUGCAAUAACAGAAGUGCAGCUUUGUGCUGACUGAGCAGUAACAUUUUAUCUGGAGCACUACUCUGAUUUCUGACACUAACGGCCUUAAACAAAAUGGAGGAUUUUAAAUUUGAUGGAACAACACGCCUACCUGUCGCUUAUGUGGAGGGGAUUUUGCAACCCACACCUACCUGUGACAUCUGGGACCAGAUCUGGAAUUUCCAAGCCAAGUCUGAUGAUCUGCUUAUUGCCACCUAUCCUAAAGCAGGAACAACAUGGACUCAGGAGAUAGUGGACUUAAUACAAAAUGAAGGGGAUGCUGACAAAAGUCAAAGAGCACCUAUUCAUGAACGAAUUCCUUUCAUUGAAUGGAUAAUCCCAUCCAUUGGAUCUGGUUUGGAAAGAGCUAAUGAAAUGCCCUCACCACGGACCCUGAAAACACAUCUUCCCAUCCAUUUGCUGCCACCAUCCUUCAUAGAAAAAAACUGCAAGAUAAUCUAUGUGGCAAGAAAUCCAAAGGACAAUAUGGUGUCUUAUUACCAUUUCCAAAGAAUGAAUAAAUCUCUUCCUGCUCCAGGAACCUGGGAAGAGUAUUUUGAGAAUUUUCUGGCUGGGAAAGUAUGCUGGGGUUCUUGGUAUGACCACGUGAAAGGAUGGUGGAAAGCCAAAGACCAACACCGCAUUCUCUACCUCUUCUAUGAGGACCUGAAGAAGAAUACAAAGCAUGAAAUUCAGAAGGUGGCAGAGUUUAUUGGAAAAAACCUAGAUGAUGAAAUCCUAGAUAAAAUUGUCCACCACACUUCAUUUGAUGUUAUGAAGCAGAAUCCAAUGUCAAACUAUUCAUCAGUUCCUGCUAAAAUCAUGAACCACUCUGUGUCUCCAUUCAUGAGAAAAGGGAUAGUUGGAGACUGGAAGAAUCACUUUACCGUGGCUCAGAAUGAGAGAUUUAAUGAAGACUACAAGAAGAAAAUGGCUGAUACCAAUCUAACUUUUCACUUCCAAUUCUCAUAAAAAAGAAAACAACCAACAUUUUUUUAGUUUGUUACCUAAUUUACUGGUAAUAACCAAUAAAACUUUAUUACCCACAUGA